CUCUUCUUCUUCGGUGGUGCUCGGAGGACCUCCCUGCUGCCGGCGUUGUUGACACUCCGACGGGGCGACAAUGGCGACCGAAGUGAGGCAGGAGCUCGCCCAGCUGAUGAACUCAAGCGGAUCUCACAAAGAUCUCGCUGCCAAGUAUCGACAGAUUUUGGACAAGGCCAUUCAGUUCACAGAUGCAGACCAGCUGGAGUCCUUGAAGGCCUUUGUUGAAGCAAUGGUCAAUGAAAACGUCAGUCUCGUCAUCUCGAGACAACUCCUCACAGAUUUCUGCACGCAUCUUCCCAACCUGCCCGACGCCACGGCUAAAGCGGUGUAUCACUUCACCUUGGAAAAGAUCCAGCCGAGGGUCAUCUCCUUCGAGGAGCAGGUCGCCUCGAUCAGACAGCACUUAGCAACUAUUUAUGAAAAGGAGGGAGACUGGAGGAAUGCUGCUCAGGUUUUAGUCGGUAUUCCUCUGGAAACGGGACAGAAGCAAUACAAUGUCGACUAUAAGCUCGACACGUACCUAAAGAUUGCCCGUCUCUACUUGGAGGAUGACGAUCCCGUGCAGGCAGAAGCUUACAUCAACAGAGCUUCGUUGCUCCAGAAUGAGUCGUCAAACGAACAGCUGCAGAUUCACUAUAAGGUGUGCUAUGCCAGAGUUCUAGACUUCAGGAGGAAGUUCAUCGAAGCCGCACAGAGAUACAACGAGCUGUCUUAUAAGUCGAUCGUCCACGAGAGCGAGCGUCUGGAGGCGCUGAAACAUGCUCUGAACUGCACCAUACUGGCCUCUGCAGGUCAGCAGCGCUCCCGUAUGUUGGCCACUCUCUUCAAGGACGAGCGCUGUCAGCAGCUGGCUACCUACGGCAUUCUGGAGAAGAUGUACCUGGACCGGAUCAUCAGAGGAAACCAGCUGCAGGAGUUCGCCGCCAUGUUGAUGCCGCAUCAGAAAGCCACCACGGCGGACGGCUCCAGCAUCCUCGACAGAGCCGUGAUCGAACACAACCUCCUCUCUGCGAGCAAACUCUACAACAACAUCACUUUUGAAGAACUGGGAGCGCUGCUGGAGAUCCCCCCAGCAAAGGCUGAGAAAAUCGCUUCCCAGAUGAUCACAGAAGGACGCAUGAACGGCUUCAUCGACCAGAUAGACGGCAUCGUACACUUUGAGACCCGUGAGCCGCUCCCUACAUGGGACAAACAGAUCCAGUCUCUGUGUUUCCAAGUCAACAACCUCUUAGAAAAGAUCCGGCAGGCCGCUCCAGAGUGGGCCGCGCAGGCGAUGGAAACCCAGAUGACCCAGUAAACAUCCUCACCCCACCCACACAACAAGAGAAAAUCCCCUAAACCUCGUCCAGCCUGUCCUCGCGUCCUGAAGCGUCCUCCAGGAUCAUCACAGAACUCUGUUUUCUUACUCGGACCCGCGGGGGAAAUAGUUCAAUGUGUCUGGCAUGGAUGUAACCACAGGAUGUAACAUUUAGGUGUGACUUCAUAUUAUUUACUUUGCAUGUUGAGAGUUUGGAUAUGAUUAUUCAGAUAGCUGACAUGUAAAAACAGGGUCAAGAUGAAGAAGAAGAGAAGAACUGGUCUGUUUAAGCUUUUGUGUUCCGGCACAUUCUCGUGUUUUUUAGUGACGUGACGGCACAGCGACGUCUGUCACAUGUCUUCAUGCAAACAUGCUCGGUUCAUUAGCAACGGCAAAGAUGAUUAAAUUCAAAGCUGAGAGAAAAGA